AUGGGACGUAAAUAUGCUAAGAAAAUUACUAGAGCCGCUAACAUCGAUCCUUACGAAAGUCUGGCCAAAUUUUAUGAAAGACAAGUCGAAUUUCUCAAGCGUGAAAAAAAACGGGUUACAAGAUUUUUCAAUAAUAACAAUAUACAAGGAGAUAAAUUGUCUAUUAAAUUAGCAAGAUUACAAAUUUUAAUAGAUGAAGGUGAAACGAAUAAAGCAAGAAUUAUAGAACUUAAAAAUGAUCUUUAUAAACGUGAUACCGAAAUUCAAACCUUAAAAGAUACCAUUAAACAUCUAACAAAAGAAAAGGAUGAUUUCAAACAACGAUGUGAUAAUUUGGAGGUCGAGAAUAACCAACUAAAACAAAAAAUAGAAGAAAUGAACGUGGAUGCGGAACGUAUAGCAAGACUACAUAAACAGGCUAUAGACAGAGCAAGAACAAAUAAUCGUAAUCUUUAUGAACAACAGUUAGCUUAUAGCAAGCAAUUAACUGAUCAAGGUCUUGUCAGACCAACACCAAUACUUCAACGUACCGAAUCGGUAAAUUUAGUAUCAGAACUCGAGCCAUUACUACCAGCACAUCGAAGGGAAGAAAUGGAAUUGUUGGGCCGUUUCUUGUACAUACCCGAUGAAACCAACGAAACCACCGAGAAUAAAGAAAAAUAA